AUGACUUAUUCCCAGUUAAAGAUUCCGACUCCGACUGAGGAUUGCAAGGGUGAUUAUGAAAUUUUGAUUGAACGAGAUAGGUUGGGUGGCGGUGGUGGUGGUGCUCUGCCAUCGUCGUCUGGGAAUUACAGUGGUGGCGGUGGUAGUAUUUGGUCGUCAAUUGGGCGGUGGGCAAAGCUUGUUUCUUUGGUUAUUUUCCUGCUAGUUUUGGGUGUUUGUUUCAGUAUAUGGAUCGUUCCCUUUUUCAUGAAUAAGGAGCUUAUACCCAUUUUGAAUUGGGAGACCGCGACAUUCACGAAGCCGAUGCUAGCCGUUCUUUUAUUCGCUUCGAUGGCAUUAUUCCCUACCAUCUUGUUACCAUCUACACCUUCUAUGUGGGUAACAGGAAUGACUUUUGGUUAUGGUUUUGGGUUCCUAUUGAUCAUUAAUGGUGUGGUUAUUGGCACAUCUCUUCCUUACUUCUUUGGUUCCCUAUUUUACCACAAAAUUGAAGAGUGCUUACAAAGGUUCCCAAAGAAAGCGUUGGUUUUGAGAUUAGCAGGCGAAGGGGAUUGGUUUAAUCAAUUUAAAGCGGUCGUGUUGUUAAGGGUCUCACCAUUCCCAUAUAUUAUGUACAACUAUUGUGCUGUGGCCACGGGUGUUAAAUUCGGUCCUUACUUGUUGGGCACAUUGGUCGGGAUGGUUCCAGAAAUUUUCAUUGCAAUGUACACGGGGAUAGUGAUUGGAACGUUGGCGGAUGCUUCGAACGAUGAACGGUCAUUUUCUGCACCACAGAUCAUAUGCACGGUGGUUGGGUUUGUUUUAACGGUGGUGACAACCAUGGGAGUGACGGUUUAUGCGAAGAGGCGGUUGAGUAAGUUGCAGAAGGAGGAACAACCAUUGAUGCAGUAAGA